AUGGGCCCCUAUACCGCCUCCUCAUGCUGCUGCCAGGCCCCUAAUCUGCCAUGGGCCCCUGUACCGCCUCCUCAUGCUGCUGCCAGGCCCCUAAUCUGCCAUGGGCCCCUAUACCGCCUCCUCAUGCUGCUGCCAGGUCCAGAGUCUCUCAUGGGUCCCUGUACGGCCUCCCAUUGCUGCUGUCUCCAUCGCCACACUCUGCCAUGUGCCACUUUCAGGUCUCCUCACACUCCUGCUGGUUUCCAUUUUGUCAUAGGUUGCUGUAUGGCCUCCCAUUGCUGCUGCCUCCACCGCCACACUGUGGCUCCAAACACUGGUUUUGGCCCCGUGACUGGCCAAAUGAGUGAAGUGUGCGGUGAUUCUAAGAUCGACGGCACUCAUCUGCAUGUCAUGACUGAGUGACAGUAUUAUUUCUCUUCCCAGCAGACUCCAAGGGCAUUUAAAUUAAAGGUACAGUGUUCUGCACUAAUAUUA